AUGUUACUCGCCGCGAGUAAUUCCUUGAUAAGAAAGAAGAGUAGCAUGACGAACACGAAAGGUGUAAAAAAGCAGAGUUUGAGAAUCCCCAAAAGAGAUUCCACUCAUGUAUUGGCUCUGGAACAGGUGCAUUUGAUAGUGAAGAGAUGUGCUGAUGAGAUACGAGAGAGAGGUUUAAAUGUGGUUGAUAUCUUCAAAGCAGUUCACAUCGGUGAAAACGAGGAAGAUAUACGUGAACUCGCCACCUAUCUGCAGAGAGAAAGCCGAGAGGAAUGCAAGGAUGAACUCAAAAAACACGACAUCAAUGAAGUCGCCUCAGCAAUAAAGUGGUCUCUCAGACACUCCACUUCCAUACUCGUUCCUUACGAAUAUUAUGAAGAAUUUAUACGCUAUGAACAAGGCAAGUGUUCGUUCGCCACAUUCCUCUGCUAUCUUCCCAAACAAAACCAGGAUAUCCUUUGCGAGGUGUUUGGCAUUUGCGCAGAAGUCAUCGCCGAGUCUCACAUAAACAAUAUGUCUGCACAACGGAUAAUGAAAUCGCUGGCUCUCUGCCUGAUGAGUGAUAACGAAAAAGGUGGCAAAAGUUUUGACUCGGCAUACGUAGAGUGGAUGAAAUGUUCCAACGCUUGUAUUCACCUUUUUCUCGCUUAUCUCCGAGAGAAAAUGUUAUCGGAAAAUAACGCUGAGGAUGUUAAGGCAUCCACUGAAGAUCUGUAUUCGACAUCUAAGUCAAGAUCAAGAAAACAAUCGAUGGUCACUUUCUCGAAAACUGAGGUUACCAACAUAAUUUCCGAAACACCAUCUUCGCGUCCGGUUAGUGUUCUUAGGGUCACGAGACAAAUUCCAACGACCUCGGAGAAACAAGAACCAAGAAGGUUCACCACAUUACUGCCUGAUGUGAUGGGUGGAUUAAGUCGUAAAACGAUCAUUCGUACUAGCACUGUUAUGACCGUGGAUGAACAGAAAAGUGCCGAACAAAUGUGGGAUGCAUUUCAACGGGAUGGAAUUGGCGCUCUGUCAGACGAUUACUUGAAGAUGUAUCUCUCUGCCAAAGAGAAAACUCAGAAUUCCGUGCACCCCAAAAAUUUGGAUGGUUCAUCUUGGACUCAGUUUGAGAGGAAAGGUUUUAAGAGUCUUCAUCUGGAUCCUCCGGAAUUUAUUAACGACAAGGCCGACGAUGAUCAGAAGCCCACUAUCACCGACGAUACUACCAAGAACAAAAAGAUGUCAAAGAUCUCUGAGAAAGAUGAAAGCGAUGAACUCGAUAAUGGACAAGAGGUACAAAUAAUCACCGACGAUUCUGACUCAAUAAGGCAAACUGUGGUUUGGGAUGAGUUCACGACAUCAGGAUUCAAAGACAACGCCGACAAUUUGUCAAACCUUUCUCUGCCAUUAGAAGAAACACUCAGCGAUGGUGACGAGAAGGAAAAAAAGGAAGGAAAUAGUGAUGAGAAGGUAAACAAAAAGGAAGAAAAUAGUGACGACUUAAAAAGAAAGAAAUCGCGCAGCGGCAGCGUGAAGAAGAAGUUGGUGAAAUUUCGCUCCCUGAGAAGACCACAAAGAACACGCUCAUUCGAGGACCCUGAAAAGCUAAGAGAAGCCUUUUCGAUGGACAACGAGGAAGAUUGGGAGGAUUGGGAUAUCAUUAGUCGCACAGAAGAUUUGCCUGUUACCACCCAUUUGUCCAUCGAAACAGUUGACGAAAUAUUCCCAUAUGUUUGGAUGGAGACUACGGCCGAAGAUCAAGGCAAUCGAUGGGGGGACUGGGUAUUUAUUGAACCAAGAAAAGGCUUGGUAAAUGAGUGUGAGUGGGUAAUGAUUGAAGAGAAAGCUCAGGUAUUUUCUGACGGGGAACUCAAAAAAUCCUACACGCGAAGGAAGAUGAGUGUUGUGAGCACUUUCAGCAUUCCCUGGCUUCUGAGCAAGGGGAAACCCCGACCGACGAGUAAAGUCAGCACCGCCGUCUCGCUCGCCUCAAGCAAGUUACCACAGCCUCCAGGUGUGCUGGCGAUGUUCGAUCGUGCUCGAGAAGAUGACAACCCUAACAUGCCGACGACGAAUUAUAAGUUUGGACAUCGACGAUUGACAAAAAAGGAUAUUAGUGGACCUUACCCACAGGAAAAACCGUUGGCAGGACGAAAUGUGGCGACGCACUUGUCCAAGACGAUGCACAGAGGAUAUACUGCUGAAGAUGGGACAGUGAUGCGAUACGAGAAAUACCAAUACGAACAAUAUGACUAUGAAUAUUCAGGUGAUAAUGAAUACCAAGAUGGGUACUACGACGAAUACCAAGAUGGAUAUUACAAUGAAUACCAAGAUGGAUAUUACGAUGAAUACCAAGAUGGAUAUUAUCAAGACGGGUAUUAUUACCAAGAUGGACAUUACGAUGAAUACCAAGAUGGGUAUUACGGCGAAUAUCAAACGGGGGAUGGAUAUUGGGAUGGCGAAAACUAUUAUCAACAAGGUUAUUUGAACGAGGGUGAUUAUCCAGAAGAUUUUGAAAACGCGAAUGGCAUUGAAAAUUCAUAG